GUAAGAUGCUCCGUGGAAGGGAGCCGAGCGGUGGGCAGUGGCCGAGUCCCCGAUAAGGAGCGCCUCACAUUUCCGUGGCAUUCUCAUUUGCUAGUGCGCUGCUGCGGCCGCACGCCUGAUUGAUAUAUGACUGCAAUGGCACUUUUCCAUUUGACAUUCUCUCUCUCUCUCUCCCUCUCCCUCUCCCUCUCUCUCUCCCUGUGUCGCUUAAACAACAGUCCUAACUUUUGUGUGUUGCAAAUAUAAAAGGCAAGCCAUGUGACAGAGGGACAGAAGAACAAAAGCAUUUGGAAGUAACAGGACCUCUUUCUAGCUCUCAGAAAAGUCUGAGAAGAAAGGAGCCCUACGUUUCCCCCAAGCUGUGCGGCAGAUACCGUGAGGGUGGAUCGCAAGUGGAAAGAGUGAGACCCGACUCCGACACACAAAGGACAAUGACAACCAGAAAGCUCCGGCCAGAUCGUGCCCUUUGCUGGGAAGGAACUGGAUCCUAGGGGGCGAAGGCAUUGCCAAUCUUUAGUCCUCUGCCUCCCUCUGCUGUUCCUUCUGAGAAGUUUUCCUUACAACAAUGAGAAAUCAUGCACUCGCUGCAUCUUUUUCUAUGCUCUCCCUGCUGGCGCUGAUGGGAGAUACAGACAGCAAAACGGACAGCUCGUUCAUGAUCGACUCGGACCCUCUGCGCUGCAUGAGGCACCACUAUGUUGAUUCUAUCAGUCACCCGUUGUACAAGUGUAGCUCAAAGAUGGUGCUUCUGGCCAGGUGCGAGGGGCACUGCAGCCAGGCGUCACGCUCGGAGCCCCUGGUGUCCUUCAGCACUGUCCUCAAGCAGCCCUUCCGCUCCUCCUGUCACUGCUGCCGGCCCCAGACCUCCAAGCUAAAAGCACUGCGGCUGCGCUGCUCCGGGGGCAUGAGGCUCACAGCCACCUACCGGUACAUCCUCUCCUGUCACUGCGAGGAGUGCGGCUCCUGAGACCGGCCGCUCAGCGGCUUCUGGACGGGACAUCCUCCUCCCUCGCCGAGACAGAUCAUCCAGCCAGGGAGAAGGACUGGCAAGAAAAGAGUUAAGGAGGAAAACACCCCCAAAAGAUGCAGCAAUUCCCACGGGGUUCUGCAUAUUCUAGUAAUAAAGACUCUCCAUGCUUGUUGACAGAGAGACGAGAGAGAGAGAGAGAGAGAGAGAGAGAGAGAGAGAGAGAGAGAUGCUCUGGGAACUUGGUUUCCAUCCCCGUCUCCUUUCCCUGGUACAAUUUCUUUCGGUUCCUUUUCAGAUUCAGGCAUCCCCCCCACCCCCCCCUCCCCCUGCCUUGGCACUGAAUGCCGUUUGGGUCUCCAACAAUUCAGCGUCAGUCGGGAACGUGGGCCCCCGUGCAAGCGUGGGUCAGGCCGUCACUUGUUGGGUGCGCGUUGGGGGCGCAUUCGCCUCGGAAAGCAGGAAAGCGCAACCCUUUCCGCGAUCCCGCCUGGCUCUCUUUCGCUCCGGUCUUUAUCUUGCCAUUUGGUCUCAGGUCGCCACCCCUGCUCAAGGUUACCCAUUUCAAAUUGCAGGCACCGAGCAUGUGGAUGUGCGUAGCCAGGCUCACUCGCAGCGGGCUAACCAACAUUAAAAUAGCUAACAAACGGAUGCUGGAACUCCCGAGAGCGGUAAUUAUUGUUCCGAAAUAACUCCUGGGAAGUAAAGGUGGCCUAAGGAAUUCGUCACCCGAAGGCUCUUGCAGAUAAAUUACGGUAGAAUUUUGAAAGGGAGCAGACUCUUAAAGACCUGCACAAAUACGGAUCCUGCACUGACUUUGAAAAAGGCAUACACGUACUAGUGGCAUGGAGAACAUACUAUACUCAUGCAUGCAAAUUAGACAACUCAAGUAUGAAUCUAUUUGUGGGUGUGCUAUAGUUUUAGCCAUGUUGCGGACAUCAUUCUCAACCAUCCACUUGUCCGUGUGAAGCUUGCUGCCCCGAAGGCAGCCUGACUCAUCCUCGGAACAUUUGGCUCAAAUAUAUUUUGGUCCUUGAGACUCAAAAUUUGAGUUAUUCCCAUGUUGUGAAAUAAAAAGACAGUAU